AUGGUCCACAGCGCCCGCCCGCGGCUCUCACCAUCCCGGGGCUCCCAUCAUCCCGGGGCUUCCAUCAUCCCGCGGGAGGAGGAGCAGGAGAAGGAGGAGGAGGAAGGGUGCUACCGGCUGUACCCCGGGCACAUCCCCACCAGCCCCCUGCAGAAGGCGCUGCUGGCGGCCGGUUCGGCGUUCAUGGCGCUCUAUGACCCCUACAGACACGACAUGGUGGCAGUCCUCGGGGAGACGACGGGCUGCCUUGCCCUGCCCAACCUGCGAGACAAGAUGAAACACCACCCUGAAGGUUACCGCAUCCUCCAGGAGCGACCUCGCAUCCGUCUCUCCACCCUGGACAUGGCCAGGCUGCGGGGGCUGCCGGACGGCACGCUGGGCCGAGAGUACGUCCGGUUCUUGGAGGACAACAAGGUUUCUCCAGAUACCCGGAUGCCGCCCAAGUUUGUUGAUGAUGAAGAGUUGGCGUACGUGAUCCAGCGGUACCGGGAGGUCCACGACCUGAUGCACACACUCCUGGGCAUGCCAACCAACAUGUUAGGCGAGGUCGUGGUGAAGUGGUUUGAAGCCAUCCAGACGGGGCUGCCCAUGUGUGUCCUGGGAGCAGCGUUCGGCCCCAUCCGUCUCAGCGCACGAAAGCUGCAGGUCCUGGCCACCGAGCUGGUUCCCUGGGCGAUUCGGAGUGGGCGCAAUGCCAGCUGUAUCCUGAACGUUUACUACGAGCAGCGCUGGGAGCAGCCAGUGGAGUCCCUGCGGGAGGAGAUCGGCAUCUUCCCUCCUCCGGCCGUUCGAGUGUGA